UCGUCCCCAAAAGCCUGGGCUCUUAACUGGUGCUAACUAUAAAGUCGGUGGGACUUAAAAUAUUUUUUAUGGAGGUGUAAUUGAUAUACGGCAUUAUAUCAGUUUCAGAUGCACAACAACACAGUGACUAAACUUUUUUAUGCGUUGCGAAAUGAGCACCACAGUAACUGAAGUUAAAAUCUGUCACCAUUUGUAGUUACCAAAAAGUUUUCUUCUGGUAAGUUUUAGGAUCUGCUCUCUUGGCAGCUUUCCAAUCUGCAACACAGUCUCGUUAGCUAUAGUCACCCUGUGGUACGGUGCAUCGUCGGGACUUACUCAUUUUAUAAUGACGUUUGUGCCUUUUGCCGGGCUUUACUCGUUUCUCCGGCCCCUUACCCCCCACCUCUGGCACCCACCAGUUUGUUCACUGAACCAGUGAUAUUGGCGUGUUUGUGUGUGUGUGUGAGGUUUCUGUUGUUGCUGUUGUUGUUGUAGAUUCCGCGUCCAAGUGAGAUCCUAAGGUAUUUCUUUUUCUCUGGCUUAUUUCCACUCAGCGUAAUGCCCUCAAGGCCCAUCCCUGUUAUUGCAAAAUGUUUGUUUUUCAAUCACCAUUGACACUGCCAAAAGCUGAGUGAGCCUGACCAGUGCCCUACAGGCAUGAAUACAGCGCCUUAGGAGGGAAAGCAAGAUUCCUAGGAAGGGAUUGGGGGGAAGGGAAUGCCCUGGAGGGAGGGAGUAGAGGGAAUAGUUGGAGGGCCCAGGCCCCUGGUAGGAGCAAGGUUCAUGGGGUGAAAGUGGGGCACUGAGUCCCUGGGCAUGUGGAGGUGAUGCAGCUCCUUAUAGAAUACGGAGCCAGGCCCUGCCUGGUGACUGAUGUGGGCUGGACCCCAGCUCAUUUUGCAGCUGAGUCAGGCCAUGUGAGUGUGCUCAAAAUUCUCCAUGCAUUGCAUGCGGCCAUCGACGCCCCCGACUUCUUUGGAGACACGCCGAAGAGGAUCGCACAGAUCUAUGGGCAGACCGCCUGUGUGGCGUUUCUGGAGAAAUUGUACAAAAAUUAUCUCAGAUAAGAGAGGUGAGACACCAAGUUUGCCAAUGGGACGUGGGACAAGAUUCAUGCAGCCCCUGCAGAUUCCUGAAAGGGCCGAGCCCGAGUGCCAGGACCAUCGCCGCACUGCCAGGCAGAAGGGGCUGCCUCUGGACCAGAGGGACGAAGACUGGGAUGCCAAGAAAAGGGAGCUGGAGCUGUCUCUUCCCUCCUCGAAUCAAAAAACUAAUAAGAAAAAGAUUAAAAAAAUCCGAGGCCCCACCAGGCUGAGCCAUCCCAAGGAGAGGAGAAUAGUAGGGGCUCACAAUCUCAGCAUGGUCAUUUUGAUCCAUGAUCACUUUCACAUAAGAAAAACGGUGUGGGUGAUGGACCAACUCAGUGAGCGAUAACCGGAAACCCCGACAAGAAUUCAUUUCAUCCCACUUAAGAAAUGAGAGGUAGCAAGGAUAGCGGAUCAUGUGAAUACAGCUGUAUUUGUGCAAUGUGUAUUUUAGGGACUCUGAAGACAGAUCAGGUAUUUCCAAUGAAAAUAUUGCAUCCAAAUUGAGAUCUGCUCUAACUGUAAAAUAUAUAUCAGUAUUUGAAUACUUAGAAAAAAUGUAAAACAACUCAUUAAUGUUAUUGAUUACACGGUGAAAUGAUAAUAUGUUAGAUGUUGAGUUACAUAAAACGUAUUACUAACAUGAAUUUUAUCUUUUUCCAUCCACUUUUUGAAACACGUGGCUGCCAGUGGGGUGCCUGGGUGACUCAGUCCGUUAAGCGUCUGACUCUUGAUUUUGUCUCCGGCCUCAGGUCACGAUCUCAUGGCACGUGAGUUCAGUUGGAGCCCUGCAUCCGGCUCCGUGCUGACAGCACACAGCCUGCUUGGGAUCCUCUCCCACCCCCCCUUCCUUCUCUCCCCACCCCGUGCGUGUUCUCUUUCUGUCUCAAAAAUAAAUAAAAGCUGAAAAGAAAAAAAGAAAA